UUGGAUCAGUGUUUCACUUGUCAGUUCCGGGUCGGAGUUGGAAUUCGACCGUGCAACGUAACGGUAGUUUUGCCCCCCAAAUUCGCUUUUCCUCACAAAUUGCACCCAAAAUAAAGCUGCUAUAACCCACCGGAAAGUCAGUAUUGACAGUCUGCUUUACAACGGAGUAAAGGAAUGGUGAUUUUGCUGGAGGGUUUCAGCCUACGUGACUUCAUCGUAAAACGCCAGCAAGUAUAGCCUAGGUCAGUACGACGACCUGGAGAUAUGGCAACCCAAGACAGCUUCCACCUGAAGUGCCGUGAAGCCAAACAUAGUGACUACAACGCUGUGAUGAAGAUGGCAUCAGUAGACACAUUCCGGGACGGGUUCGACUACCUGCCCGCCAAAUUCCACCAAUGGGUUAAUGAUCCGCAGUUCCAUGUGUUAGUAGCCGAAGCUGACGACAAAGUGGUUGCUGUGUAUGUGUGUUGCAUGGCUGAUGGCGGUACGUAUCUGUUCAACAAAACCAUGCGGGUCGCCCCAGAUCUGCAGGGGAAAAAGUUAAUGAUGCGAAUCGGAUUUGACCUUGAAAAGGCGCUGCAGCUGCGUCUUCACCCUAGGCUGCUGCAUCUCGAGCGACGUGGCAUAGCAAAGGUAAAGCGACCCUACCUUUGGAAAGGCGUGCAAAACAAGAAGGACAUAUUUUUUCUGGCAAGUAUCCAUUUAUUCAUCUUGGCAUUCUGUUUCACCUGUUUGUAACAUUGACAGAUAUAUCAGCACACAUCACGAAAUAUGACCUCUGGCUAGAAUGCCUUUAUUGCAUGUGUCGUCUCUGUCGCUUAGGUUCUUUUUGCGUAG